AUGUCCCACACAUCUUAUCAGGAAGAAAAAGGAGUUAAUCCAUCACAAUUGGAUUUGCCACAAAAUUCAUUGCCUUUACAAUGGUGGUAUUUUAACGCACACUUAAAGGACGUGAAGAGUGGAAGGGAAUUUUCGUUUUUUACUUCUUUUUUCCGUCAAUCAAAAGAUAUUGAAUCUUUGGAGAAAAAAGAAUUCUUGGACGCCUGUACUUCGGCUUUGAUUGACGUUGGUGAAGAAAAGUAUUAUGCUGAUAGUUUGCUUGAUCAUCGGGCUGCUUCUAUCAUUCGGGAAUCACUGAAGUCCUUUAAAGACAGAGAAGACGGUGAUUUUUAUACAAGGGAUGUGGUUUUGGACAUGGUAGAGAAAGGUCGUUUUCCUCGUCCUGAUCGUGUCAUGACUAAACCAGCUGUUGUGACCCAAGACACAUUAAAAAUAAAUUAUGAUGAUCAGUGUAAAGUGGAAGGUGAAGGAGAAGAUGCCCAAAGAAAAUACACUGUAUAUCAUCAUAAUCCUUAUUAUGACAUAUCGGUAGAUUUGCAGUUUUCUGCACAUGAUAUGCCUAUUUUACAUGGUGAAAAUGGUUAUGUUAAUGAAAUGUUUUAUUAUUACAUUCCUAAUAUGGAUGUAAAAGGAACCGUAAAGAUUGGUAAUAUUAUAACAGAAGUGGUGGGUGAUGGCUGGUAUGAUCGAGAAUAUGGAGGAUCUUUUGACGAAAAAGGAAGAAAAGCCCUUGAUGGUUGGACUUGGUUCUCUCUUCGGCUUUCAGAUAAUUCUUUUUUUAGUAUGUUUCUUAUUAUUGACUCUGAAACUAAAAAAAUGAAAGAAUUUAUUGGAGUUUUUACUUGUAAUGGUGAAAGACGUAUUUGUCGAGAUAUUCUUUUGAAUGAAACUGAAAGAUGGACAAGUUUGGUCUCUUUUUUGGAAUAUCCUGUUAAGUUUCACCUUGAGGUCCCAUCUAUUGACCUAAUCCUUGAUAUACGAGUUCCUUUUAAUCAUCAAGAGGUUCCAACGCUUAUAGCAAACGGUGGAUUUUAUGAAGGACGUGUUAUUGGACAAGGAAAACGUGAAGGUAAAUCAAUUACUAUGGUUGGAUUUUAUGAACAGAAGAAUUGUGAUAAUAAUGGUGACGUUUCUGUUUUACUAAAAAAUGUUGGACGGUUUGUAAGAAAAACCCUUGCUGAACUUUACCCAUUGGAAGCUACUGAUGAAUGGAUUGCUAAAAACGUUCUUGGAAGAUAUUGUACUGGUACGGGAGUUGAUUCUAAAAUAAUAUGUGAUUCAUUAUUUCGACCUAUUCGUUCUAUAAUUGAUAGAGGUGGUAAAGCAUGGCGAAGUUUGGUUCUCGUGUCUGGUUGUAAUGCACUUUCUCGUAAUUACUUUGAUUGCUCAAAGUAUAUUGCUAUCGCUGAACUUCUACAUGUUGGUUCUCUUGUUAUUGAUGACAUUCAAGAUGAGUCUACUGUUCGUCGUGGAGGUGAAACAGUUCAUAUUAAAUACGGGGUUCCCAUUGCUAUUAAUUCUGGAACAGCAUGCUAUUUUACGGCUGUUACUUUGGCAGAUGUAAAAUCAUUAAAUCCUGAAAAGGCUAAUCGUAUAUAUGAGCUUUAUUUUGAUGUUAUGAAAGCAGGACAUGCUGGACAGGGUUUGGAUAUUUUUGGGUUGGAUUAUUUGAUGCCUGAGGUUGUGAAAACCGGAAAUGCCCAACCUCUAUGUGAUGCUUUAAAAGCUAUACAUACAUAUAAAACAGGAGCAGCAGCUGCUGCAAUGUGUAAGGUUGCUUGUAUUUUAUGUGAUGCCAACGAAGAAGUAACAACAGCAAUGGAAAAUUUUGGAUUAAGCCUUGGAUUGGCAUUUCAAAUCGUUGAUGAUGCGCUAAAUGUAAGAGGGUUUGAGGGUGAUCUUAAGGAAGCGGGAGAAGAUAUUCGAGAUGGCAAAAUUACGUAUCCUGUGGCAAAAGCGAUGGAAAGACUUGAAGCUUCUCAGAGAAAUCGUAUUUGGAUAAUUUUACAGGAACGUACUUCAGAUUGCCAAAAAAUUCAGGAAGUUGUGGAUCUUCUGAAUUCAGUAAAUGCAAUAGAUGAUUGCUUAAAAGAAGCAAAGGAAAUUGUCGAUCAAAGAUGGGAAGUGCUUGAUGGUCUUAUCGAGGACUCGUUUCCAAAAAUUAUGAUGAAAUCAUUUUGCUCAUUUCUUACCAAACGAAAGUAUUAA